AACGCCAGUGUCUGCUGAGUUCUCGUCUGGCAUCUUGCGUACUGGUUGACAGCAGGAGGAGACUAUAAUUUGUGAUUCCUUGGCGGAAGGCAAAAACAAACACCCCACUCCUGUCUUGCUUCCAAGGAUGCAAGUGUGAUUACCGGCGUCUUCAUGAGCUCCAGAGGCCACAGCACGCUACCACGGACUCUCAUGGCCCCGCGGAUGGUGUCCGAGGGGGACAUAGGAGGCAUCGCGCAAAUCACCACCUCCCUCUUCCUGGGCCGAGGCAGUGUGGCCUCCAACCGGCACCUCCUUCAGGCUCGUGGGAUCACCUGCAUCAUUAACGCUACCAUUGAGAUCCCCAAUUUCAAUUGGCCCCAGUUUGAGUAUGUUAAAGUGCCUGUGGCCGACAUGCCUCAUGCCCCCAUUGGCCUGUACUUUGACAUGGUGGCCGACAAGAUCCACAGCGUGAGCAGGAAGCACCGGGCCACCUUGGUGCACUGUGCGGCAGGGGUGAGCCGCUCGGCCACUCUCUGCAUCGCUUACCUGAUGAAGUACCACCGCGUGUGCCUGCUGGAGGCGUACAACUGGGUGAAGGCCCGGAGGCCCGUUAUCAGGCCCAACGUAGGCUUCUGGAGGCAGCUGAUAGACUACGAGCGCCAGCUCUUUGGGAAAUCGACAGUUAAAAUGGUACAGACACCUUAUGGCAUCGUUCCAGAUGUUUAUGAGAAGGAGUCGCGCCACCUGAUGCCUUACUGGGGAAUUUAAUGCCACCAAAGCCUGCAUCAGCGGCCCCUGGAGCAGUCUCAGCACCUGCCAUGCAACGGCUGCUCCCCUCCUCCUCUUAGUCAAAUGGGCAACUUCCGGUUCUCCCUAAGUGAUUUUUACACUGGGUGUUCAGAUUUAUUUUAAGAGCUAGGAGGGAGGGGAGGGACAAGGGGAAUGCAUACAUUGCUAGUACCAUUUUUUAAACUAACAUUUUGGAUAGUGUUUAUGAAAAUCUUUAACUGGCUUUUAAUCAUUUUUAACCAUUUGAACAGUUUAUAAACUGUUGAGUUUUGCAUUCUCUGGAAUCCCAGGUCUUUCUGCACCACUGCAGGUGCGGGAAGAGAGUCUUGAAAACCUCUUUCUGUGGGCCCCUUAACCCCCGUAGAGACCAGCUUUGCUCCAGGCUGCUGCCCAGACCUGCUUAGGGAAGAUGGAUACCAGCUUCAGUCUCUACUCGUUCGGCCUUACUCUUUCCUUUUCCCUCUCUUAUUUAGUAACUGUUUAGUCAAAAUAAGUAAACCUUUGUUAUUUAGCUGUUAAGAAAUCACAAUGAAUCUGCUGCAAAAAACCCUCUUGGAAUCAAUGUAUCCCAGGAUUAUAUUAGCAUUAUUUUUAAUAAAUAUAUCUGCUUAACGUA